AUGAUCAAAGAGUGCGAGUACCACGAAACUGAACACCGCCAACUCAUCCGCCGUGUAUUCGCCGGAAUCCUCACCUUCAUAAUCCUUAUACUCCUCACUAUCUUCCUAAUCUGGAUCAUCCUUCGACCAACCAAACCGCGUUUCCUCCUCCAAGACGUAACCGUCUUCGCCUUCAACCUCACCUCCACCGGCGAAACACCGUCCCUAAGUGCCCCAACACCAAACACUCUAACCCUCACAAUUCAAGUAACUCUUUCAUCCUUAAAUCCGAACUCAAAAAUCGGCAUUUAUUAUAAUAAACUUGAUGCAUACGCUUCCUAUAGAGGACAACAAAUCUCUCUUGCAACUGGUGUUCCAGAAACUUAUCAAGGUCACCGUGACAUCUCCGUUUGGUCGCCGAUAAUAUAUGGUUUGGCUGUUCCGGUUUCACCUUACUUGUCGGAGAUUCUGCGGCAGGAUCUAACUUCAGGUGGAGUUUUAGUCAACAUUAAAGUCAACGGGAGAGUUAAGUGGAAGGUUGGGACUUGGGUUUCUGGAAGGUACCAUAUUGAUGUGAACUGUCCGGCGUUUAUACGGGUUGCCGGAGAUAAAGGUGGUGACGGGUUCGGAGUUUCUGAUACGGCGGUUAAGUUUCAGUUAUCACAAAGUUGUGUUGUUGAUGUUUAA